CAGGACAAGAGCAAUUACCAUUGAAAGAUAGUGACUGUGUCCAAGACAACAAACAUUGGGGGAGAGCCAGAAGUAUGACAGAAAGCUUAAAUUGCCUAAAUGACUGAUAAUGGUUUCCAGCUGCCAAAGAAGGUUGUGGAUGCCAAGAGAAAGGUAACCAUUUCUCAUCUCCUCAAGUGGAAUUGGAUGCCCCUGGGAGCCCACGUUGGCUGGCAGUAGAUAUGGCUGAAUUUACUAGCUACAAGGAUACUGCCUCCAGCCGCCAUCUGCGGUUCAAGUUACAAAGCUUAAGUCGCCGCCUGGAUGAAUUGGAGGAAGCCACGAAAAACCUCCAAAAAGCAGAGGAUGAGCUCCUGGAUCUCCAGGACAAGGUGAUUCAAGCAGAAGGCAGCAAUUCCAGCAUGUUGGCAGAGAUUGAAGUGCUGCGCCAACGGGUGCUGAGAAUUGAAGGAAAGGAUGAGGAAAUUAAGAGAGCAGAGGACCUGUGUCAUCUGAUGAAGGAGAAACUUGAAGAGGAGGAAAACCUCACCAGGGAACUGAAAUCUGAGAUUGAGCGGCUUCAGAAACGAAUGGCUGAGUUGGAGAAGCUAGAGGAGGCCUUUAGCAGGAGCAAGAAUGACUGUACCCAGCUUUGUUUGAGUCUAAACGAGGAGAGAAAUUUGACCAAGAAAAUCUCCUCUGAGCUGGAAAUGCUCAGAGUCAAAGUGAAAGAACUGGAGUCUUCUGAGGAUCGCCUGGAUAAAACUGAGCAGAGUUUAGUGUCAGAGUUAGAAAAGUUGAAAUCAUUGACUCUGAGCUUUGUAAGUGAGAGAAAAUACUUGAAUGAAAAGGAGAAGGAAAAUGAGAAACUGAUAAAAGAGCUCACCCAAAAACUGGAGCAGAACAAGAAAAUGAACCGAGAUUAUACAAGGAACGCGUCUAAUCUUCUGGAAAGGAAUGACCUACGGAUUGAGGAUGGCAUCCCUUCUACCCUGCCAUCCAAAGAGCCAAGAAGGAAGGGCACUCUGGACUAUCUCAAGCAGGUGGAGAACGAAACAAGAAACAAAACAGAAAAUGAAAAGAACCGAAAUCAGGAGGACAACAAAGUUAAGGAUCUGAACCAAGAGAUUGAGAAACUUAAGACACAGAUCAAACAUUUUGAAUCUUUGGAAGAAGAGCUUAAGAAAAUGAGGGCCAAAAAUAAUGACCUUCAGGAUAAUUACCAAAGUGAACAAAAUAGAAACAAAAUCCUAGCCAAUCAGUUGGAAGAGAUAAAACUACAAAUCAAGAAACAGAAAGAGUUAGAAAAUGGGGAGGUAGAAGGGGAAGAUGCUUUCCUGUCCAGCAAAGGAAGGCAUGAGAGGACUAAGCCUAGAGGCCAUGGGGGUGAAGCAUCUGUGUCCAAGCACGCAUCUCGGGAGCUGUCUCCUCAGCAUAAGCGGGAAAGGCUCCGAAAUAGGGAGUUUGUUCUUGGCAAUGAAAACUAUUCUCUGAGCAACAGGCAGGUUUCCUCUCCCACUUUCACCAAUAGGAGGGCGGCCAAAGCCUCCAACAUGGGGGCAGGUACAGACAGUGGGUCUCAGGAAGCAAAGAGAACUGAAGACCGAUUUGCACCUGGAUCGUCUCAGAGUGAAGGGAAGAAGUCCAGGGAGCAGCCAUCAGUGCUUAGCCGCUACCCUCCAGCUGCUCAGGAGCACAGUAAAGUUUGGAAGUCAUCUCCUAAGCCAGGCACUGACAGCGGACUAAAGGGUAAAGUAGAGAAGACAACAAGAACAUUUACUGACUCCACCCAUGGAUCUGUUCCCAGUGACACACUGGGUAGAGCUGACAAGGCUUCUGAUACCCCAGAGGCCCUCUUUGGCAAGAGGGGACAGGUUCCUGGCAGUGGAAAUCAAAUAACACUGGCUACAGAUUCCAGCUGUUCUAAGACCAUUGCACCUUUGAGCUCAUCUCGAAGAUCCUCCUCAGAAGGACUGUCUAAGGGCAAAAAGACUGCCAAUGGCCUGGAGGCUGAUAACAGCUUCCAAAAUUCCAAGGCUCCUAUUUUAUCAAAGUAUCCUUAUAGCUCCAAAAGCCAGGAGAACAUCCUUCCUGGAUUCUCAGCCCCAAAUAAAGAAGGAGCUGAGCAGUCCAUAGCCGUUGUGAUGGAAGAUAGUAGCCAACAUGAAGCCCUGAGAUGUCGGGUCAUCAAGUCCAGUGGCAGAGAGAAACCUGACUCAGAUGAUGACUUGGACGUAGCAUCUCUGGUUACCGCCAAAUUGGUAAGCACAACCAUCACUCCUGAGCCAGAGCCCAAACUACAGCCUAACUCUAGAGAAAAGGCCAAAUCCCGCAUGGGACCUAGAAACUCUGUAUUUGAGAAUGAUAAAAAUGCUGGGAUAGAAAACGAAUCUAUGAAACCUAUCAGGGCCUUUACCAAUGCCAUGGAAUUCUCAGAUGCCAAUGGUGCUGGGGUAAAAAACCAAAGGCCCUUUAGCCCCAGAGAGGCCUUGCGGUCUAGAGCUGUCAUCAAACCUGUUAUCAUUGAUAAAGAUGUGAAAAAAAUCAUGGGAGGAUCUGGAACUGAGGCCAUCGUGAUGGAGAAGCAGAAAUCCACCUCAAAACCAGGGCCAAACAAAGUGACAAGCAGCAUUACUAUCUACCCCUCUGACAGCAGCAGCCCUAGAGCCAUCCCAGGUGAGGCCCCAAGGGAGAGGCACACGUCCACCAGCAACAUCCAGGUGGGGCCCCCAGAGCGCAUAGCAGUUAGCAACCAUGUCAACCCCCCCUUUGAGCUCUCUAUUAAUAAACAUGACAUCACCCUGCAGCUCACAGAAGCUGAAAAAAUGGGAGACGAGCCCCUAAGGAAUAGGCCAGAAACAGUGGUCUCUCGGAGCAGCAUUCUAAUCAAGCCAUCAGAUUCUGUGGAGAGGAAUAGCCACGCCCCCCAAGCAGAGACAAUCAGGUGGAAAAGCCAUAGUGCCCCUUCAGAGGUGGGCUCCUCUGACACCAGACACGUUACUGUACGGAACGCCUGGAAGAGUAAGCGAGACUUGAAAUCUUUAGAAGACCCCCCAACUCGAGUAGGUAGAAAUGUAGAAUCUACUAAUGCUUACACCCAGAGGUCUUCCACAGACUUCUCAGAACUUGAACAGCCCAGGUCCUACCUUUCUGAGCAGGGCACUAGAAAGGUAGGAAAUUCAGGAGAUGGCCCAGAGCUGUCCUCGAGAAGGACCCAAAGUAGCCUCACCGUGUCAGAGGUGCUCACCCGUCGGAAUCGGGUAGGAGACGCCAUCACAGCUGCAGCUUGGAACCACUCAUCAGGCAUGGAGGAGGGUGAAGACUGCACACUUACUGUCUACCGGCGGCUGCACAACUCCCUGGAGCGGUCUGAAUCGCCCGUGAAGCAAGGGCUACCAGAGCCUGGGCGAGUCCGGGCCGAGGAACGAUUACGACCAAACAGGCCUUGUGCUGAGGAAAACUGAGCCAGCUGGUGAGGUCUGCUCUGUCUCCUCUGCUGCUGCUUUUUAGCUCUUCCAUUUCCUGCCCUGUGAAGACUCCAAGACCAGUUCUCCAGGCUAGGCACAAGGCCUUGGCUGGGAGACUGGUAGACAGCUGGGCUGUGGCUCAGGUAAUUUUUGCCUGUUGGUCAGAGGGAAUCAGAGACUACAAACCAGAGUCCCUAGGCCCAGCCUUCCCUGAUGCAUGAGUCCUUUCUCCUCGUUCCUGUCCCUAAGGUAACUUGGGCCACUCUGGCCCCCAAAUGGGAAGAUAUAGAAACCCCACCACCAGAAACAGUAGCAGAAAGUUCUCCUCUGCUGCUUGGUGGGUUGUUUCUGUAUCAUAGAACAGCCCCUUCUCCGUGUGGGUAAUGAAUGCCCUGAUUUCUGCCUCCUUACCACGAGGGCCCAAGUACAAGAAUGACCGGCUAUCAACUUUUUUUUUCUUUCUGGGGGCUUCCAUUUUUUUCCUACUUGGAGUUCCUCAGACUUUGAAAGUCACAGGGGUUCGUGCUGCCUCUGAGCUACCCUUCAAGUUGAAACUUCUCUGACCUGGCCCCCUGGCUGAUCAGUUUCUUGGGGACAGAGCAUGUAGACACCCAUUGGAAUGACACAUCCCUCCCCCACCCCAGCUCUCUGCUCCCCGUUCCAAAGGCCUCUGGAAGUGCACAAGCUUCAUGCGUCUCCUUCCCUGGGCACCAGUAAUGCUGCUGGCACCACUUGCUCUUUCCUGUGGCUAGAGACCUCAGCUAACUUCAUGUUCCCAUCUUGGGAAAAUCCCUAGACUGAGCUGGGCCUGACACGGCACACUGCCUUCUAGGACGUGCCCAGCAAGGGGGAAGUCAGGCAGGAAGAAGCAAUUCCCUGUGGUCACUCCACAAGCAAUAGCUCCAUGGAAGGCACGGACUGAGAAUACUCCCUCCUUUUCCUCCUCCAUCCCUGUGGAGGAGGCUUCGCACUUUACGGCGCUGAUGCAUUCCUAUGGAAGCGGCCUCUGGUUUCUGCAGGUUGACUAUCAUUACAUGCCUUCAUUGGAGGAAAGGUGAUUCCUGCCCAUCGAGGACCUCAGGUUUAUACAUUCAAAGUGCAGUAACCUUUCAGAAAGCCACAAAAAUACAAAUGGAUUUGUUUUUUUAUACCAAUCACAUAAGGCAGUUAAAAAGGAUUGUACACUCCUGGCCCUGCUUUUUCUGUAGCAUUCUCAAUUUAAAGAAGGGUCCCCUUCAAAAGCUGCUUGUAUGAAGCAGACGCUGUUGCCUUCAAACAAGAGAACAUUAGACCAGAUGUCUGGAAAGCUGGUUUUUCCCCAUGGCUUUACUUCCUUGCUGUGUGACCUUGGGAGAAUCAUUGUCCUCCUGAAGCCUCUUUCCCUAUUUGUAAAAUGAGUUCUUUGAAAUGAAUGAUCUUGUAUUCUGAGAUCCCCAUUUUCACCAUCCGGUGUGGGCUGAUUUUUACUUCUAGAAGGUAUUGUCUACAGGAGUUUCCCUCCUGCCUACAGUCGUCUCUCUGGGCCUUAUUAUGCUUUCUAGUCUCAUGGAAGUGAGGGCAGAAAAGUUCCCUAUUCCUACAUUUCCACCUGCUAAGUGAAGGACUUUGACUGGAUGGUGUCAGAGGCCUUGUGUGGCACCAGCUUUGCCUGAUGCCAGACAGAUGUCUGCCUGUCAGGCCAGGUGCUUUCUGUAGCACAAGUCUCCCAUUCCUGUUCCUCUCUCUCCAAUUUCCUGGUAAGAGGGAAGACAGAGAACUUCCUUGAGAGGACUGAGUGGCCUUCCCUGCCUCAAUUCAGCAUGGGCCCCAACAUUCAUCCUGCCCCAUGUUUGCACCAGACUAUGCUGUCCUGAGGUGACUUGGGUCACAGCUACCUACCUUACUUCCACACUAGUUUUCCAGAGUUUGCCAAUCUAAAGGCAUUUUCAUGUGGCUUGCCUCUCCUCUUCACAUCCCAUCUCAUAUGCACUACUUAGGACGCUGUUUUUAAAAGAUCUCUUCCUGCUGCUUCUCCUGGGUCGCUCACUGGCCAGAAACUUGCUCACUGAAGGAUGCAACCCCUUCUUUGCAGCAUCCCACCAUUCUCCUUAACCAUUUGGCAGCCCUGAGUGUUCAAAGGAAAUUGACCUCUGUAGUGGUCAAUUGCGGGUACAGAAACAAGUCUGUAGCUCUUCUCCACUGAUGGAAACAGGAGGGCAUCCGACAUGCCUAAAAAGAUCUCGCCAAUAAUUUUUGUCUUUGGGUGUUGGAGCCCUGGAUUCUGGUGCUGUAGCUCCUGGUGCCAAAGUUUGGAUCCUUCCACAUUUCAGCAGCACCAACAUCUGCUGCUACUCAAAAUGCUCUAUGGAAAAGGGACAGUUGUAGUGCCCUUUUACUGGGGCUGCCAUUUUGAAAUCUGAGUGCAAUAGGGUUUGAUUGUAACAAUUAUUUCAGGAUAAAUAUUGUAUUUGUUUCUUUAAUCUGCACACUUUCUAGGACCUCUGUAAAAUAGAUUUUAUUUUUAAAUGUUCUCAGCAUUGCAGAAAAUAGCAUUUGUACUAGUGAGUGAAGGCUGAGGCUCAUGUCCUUUGGGCUUCAAAUGGCUAGCAAGGCUGGCCUCAGAUUCCAAAGUAGGAAGGCACAUUUCUGAAAAGCAGCCAAGGUGUGACCAUUCAGACCAGGACCUCACCAUCAGGGGUCCUGGAGGAAGCCUUCAAGUAGCAGGGAGACCUGGUAGUUGAAUAGUUGUCUAACCAAGCCAAAUAUUCCCACUGUCCCAGCCAACAAACCCACUUUAGAAUCUUCCGCAGCCUGGCUCGAACUUAAAAUGUACCAGCAGGUGUAUGGUUGUGGGAGGGUUCCUGGUGAAGCUGGGGAACUUGUCCCCACAGAGCUUCUUGGAGAAAAUAAAGCUGGCUACAUGCCAGGAGCUGGUCUUUUCUGCUCUGAUACUAAAACUACCAGGGAAAGCUACAAGGGUGGUGGCCAGAGAAGCCAUGGCAGGGAAAUGGUUAUAAGUAUGGGUGGAAGGGAUGUGAGUGGGGCCAACAACUCCAGUCUGGGUUGCAGACAAGCUUGCACACGGCUCUUCCCCUCUCAAGAGUUUUGGGGUGUGGGAGGGCCUCUAGUGUUCUUGGACUUUGUCCUGGGGCAGUUUUAGUUUUUUAGAUUUAGUGGGUCAGUGCCAAGUGCUACACUUCCCAGUAAAGGAACAGGGUCCCUGGCUGCCUUUGUUGGUGUGGGAUUCUUUGUUAACAAACUCUGGCAAGAUUGCUUUGGAAGAGCUGCUUGUAGGGAUUAUCUUUUGAAUACCCCAAGUGGGGAACAGGGCUCUCCUCAAAGCCUCAACCAAGAUCAUAGGAAAGGGGCCCUAUUUUCCUGCUGCUUCACAGCUCAGAACAUGUACUGAACGAACGGAAUGUAUUUUUAAGAGAAUAAAGUCUAUUUUUUUGUAUUUUAAAGAUGGGGGUGGGCUAGAAAGAUAGCCCUCAAAUAAACUGAUACUGCGUUAUAGGCCCCUGUGCUGGGGCACCAGUCUUUAGUCGGUCCACACCUACUUGCUCAAGCAGGGGCUUUGGCUUCACCCCUGCUCCUUGGAGUCUAGGUGUAGUAGCUUCUGCUCCAAGAAUGGGACCAAGGGAGCUAUAGAACCUGCCGCUGGAAACCAGGGCAAAGCCAUGGGCAGUGGCUCAGGGCUCCUUGGGUGCAUGUGUAGAGUUGAAGCUCCUGUCUGCAUGUAUCCUCUGGCUCUCAUGCUCUCUGUUGACUCUGCAGCACAGUAUGUACCAAUAAAGUUCCCUAGUUUCCACA